GCGCGAGGCCGCUUCACAAAUUAGAGCCUUCAGUUGUUUUUUUUUCGUUGCGUUCAUUUUGCCAAGUGCUCGUUUACCUGAGUGACAUUUAAUUUACCAAUAACCCGAAGAAUUUAUUUGUGAAACUGACUCUUGAAAAUUCGCAACCAGUGGAGACAUGGCGAAAUCGAUACCCACCGCAUUGGCGCGAAAUACCUCCUGAAGAGCAGAGACAAACCGCCGUGGCCUCGUUAGAACAUGCAUUAAGACUCGAGUGAAGCAAGUGACGUGACAUUGCGACCAACCUCCUCCUCCAAGAUGAUUCUCUACGGCAACGCUGCCCUGACGCCGUCUCCCUCGGCCUCGUCUUCGCCAGGCUCCAGCGCGAGCAUGUCCCCGCCUUGCACCCUUGCAAUGCCAGACCUCGCCUUCACCCAUUGCAAGAACGAGCUGAAUGAACUGGCCGUGCCCUCCAACCUCCACCCCAUGUUGAUGUCCACGAUCCCCAAGUGCGCGGGCUGCUCGGAGGCCAUCCUCGACCGCUUCAUCCUCAAGGUGCUGGAGCGAACGUGGCACUCUCGCUGCCUCAAGUGUGCCGACUGCGGCGCGCAACUCACCGACAAAUGCUUCGCGAGGAACCAGCAGGUGUACUGCAAGGAGGACUUCUUCAGGCGGUACGGCACCAAAUGCGCCGGCUGCGAGCAGGGCAUCCCCCCAACGCAGGUGGUCCGGCGCGCCCAGGACAAUGUCUACCACCUGCACUGCUUCGCCUGCGUCAUCUGCCAGCGGCAACUGAACACAGGGGACGAGUUCUACCUGAUGGAAGACAACAAGUUGGUGUGCAAGAGCGACUACGAGCAAGCUAAGCAGAGAGGUAUGUCGCUGAAGGAGGACGACCUGAGUGGCAAACGCCCGCGCACCACCAUCAGUGCCCGCCAGCUGGAGAAACUGAAGGCCGCAUACAGCAAGUGCGCCAAGCCGCCCCGCCACGUCCGCGAGCAGCUGGCGGCCGACACGGGCCUGGACAUGAGGGUCGUGCAAGUCUGGUUUCAAAACAGGCGAGCGAAAGAGAAAAGGCUCAAGAAGGACGCAGGACGGACGCGCUGGGGUCAGUACUUCCGGUCGAUGAAGAACGGCGGGCGAGAGAAACGGCGAGACGAGGACAAGAGCGACGCUGACCUAGAUAUGGAUUCGCACGACGACAUGAUUCUGGACAUGCCCGACGGCUACCGUACCCCGGGCCCCCCCCUGGACCUAGAGCCGGGGCAGACGGCCAUGAGCCCCCACCUGGGACCCCCCCAUCCCGGCCCCCCGCAUCAUCCGUUCAUCCAUGGAGCCGGCACUCCCCCGUACAUGGCCGGAGCAGGAGGGCACUCCCCCAGCGGCCCUGUGCCCCCCCACCCCAUGGCCGCCCCGUUCCCGUACUCUGAGCCCUUACCGCCCUACCAGACGCCCAUGACAGCCGCCGCCGCAGCCGCCGCCGCCGCCGCCGCAGCCUCCGCGGCCGCCAGCGGAAGCGUGAGUGUCAUGGCGGGCGGCCCUGCCAGCGACCUCAGUUCGAACGGCUCCAACCCCAGCUACCCCGAGUUCCCGCCCUCGCCUGACUCCUGGCUGGGCGACAUGCAGCAGGAGCACCACCAGCAGUAUUAGCUCUCUCUCUCUCACGCCCCUGAAGGCAGGCUCGCUCGCCCACGGUGUCAUGAGGCAGGACGUACACACAGCCUGCCCUCGUUGAAUCUCAUCCCCUUGGGUCUAUGCCUGCGUAACAGCAAGUGCUAAAUCUUCAUCUCAUGCUGUGGUGAUGCGUCUUAAUUUUUCAUCCCGUGUGACUCUUUUUCGUUAUUCUUAGGAAGAUUUUAAAAGAUUUAUUCCAUUCUUUCCCUGGCAUUUUACAGCUGGAAAUCAAAUGUUUCAAAUCUUCUUUUUGCGCAUUGUGUUUCUCUCUUUUUUUUCCCCGUGUUCGUUUCGUGCAAAAGAGAAAAAAAAGAAACAAUUCCUUGCUCUCGUCAGGAUCUUCAAACGUAACAAUUAAGAAGUGUAUAUAUAUUUUUCUUUAGUACUGAAAGCUUGUACUUGACUACUACUAUCUCUAUAAUAGUUUAUAUGACCUUGUUCUGAAUGACGUCAUGAUCUCAAAAAAUAGGGAAAAUAACAGAUAUGCUUUUCGUUUAUUUUCUCUCGUUGACCAAAGCAGAUAGGCCAAAGAAAUCACUGUUUCUAACACUAGUCAGAUUUUUGUAUCGUUUCUUUCAUUCCAUUAGGAAAUACCGAAUCACUAAAACGAUAUUGUACAAUAUAAAUGUAAGUAUGAGUGUUUAAUCAAAAUUUCGGUUCACAAAGGUAAUCUUCAGAUUUAGAUAUAUAUAUAGGAUGUGGGGACUUUAUACCUGCAAUUAUGAGAUAUUUGUGUAGGCUCAAAAUAGAUGGGGUUAAUUAAUCGGGAAUUUCAAAACACGAUUAAGCGAAAUCUAAACCACGAAGCAGUUCAAUUCAAUCAAAAGGCAUUGUUUUUAUUGUUUACCGUAAAGUUUUGUGUUGUAAAUGUUUUCUCCGGGACUAAAAAAAAAAAACAAGAAAAUUAUUGCAUGUACUGGAACUGGGGAGCAGACGUCCACUAACUUACAUAAGAAGAGAAAAACGGGCUUCACAAAAAGUCAUCACACAUGCUUACGGAAGAGAAAAGCAGGACAGAUCUAGUCAGCAUGAACAUUCCAUUGAAUUAUUCUUUCCCCAAGUUUCCAAAGAACUCUACGCCAAGGUACAGAAGAGACUAAUAUCUCCUUACUUGUGGGUGGAGAAUCUACCAAAGAGCAUGCGAAGUGUGUGGAAUGGCACUAUAAAGCAAGAGGCGAUCUGGUUCACGGGUUCCCAGCGUGCGAGGGACGCGCAGGCGCACUGGGGGAAGCGCCUUGAGGAACAUGGCGUCGGCAGCAGAGAAUCAUUUGCAAGGAGAUGGACUCUCUUCCUGAUAUAUUAACCAGACCUGAUGAUGAUGAUGUGUGUGUGUGUGCGUGUAUAUAUAUAUUACCAUGCAAUGGCUGAUUACGUAUAUAAACUGACGUCACAAAAGGACGGUGGUAAUUAUUGCUGGUGAGACAAAAGAUAUUUUUUAUGUAGCUACUUCAUGUUUGUCCUUUCGCUACAGGAUUUUAAAUGUACAUAUCUAAAUGACGUGAAGUGUUUCAGAAAAGAUUUUUUUUCGGGUUUAUUCCUGUGGGUGUGAGAUGUAUAUAUAAAAUGACUCACAUGGGAUAUUAGUGGCAUCCAAAGACGAGGGUAACAGAGAAAUAUCUGCUUUACUUUUCAUAGUGUUUUUGUUAGUAUACCAAAGAUUAUUUGCAAAGGUUAUAAAGAGAAAAUUAGAUUUAUAAUUGAUUUAUGAAAAAAAGACAUUACGUUUUUAAGGAUUUGUUUCUUAAUUCGAAGUACCCGAGUGAAAUGGUAGUGUAGAGUUCAGUCUCCGAGUCUCGUGCACCUCCGAGAGCCAGACUUUCGCCGACGCAACACGAGCUGCUUUUGUCCCGAUUCGAAGCUUCGGACUCGGUGGCGUCUGGUUCAUUCGGGAGGAGGUUCGACCACUCUGUAACAGCAACGUACGCUCCUUGGGCUUGAUUUAACACUAGUACAACUCCCCUCUCCCUCUGACAUUUGCUUGUUCUUUUAAUAUUAAUUUUGUACAUAACGUUACAAGAAAGAGUGUCUGUGUUUGUGAAGGUGAAUGACUGUACAUAAGUCUGUUUGUUAUUAAUUCUAACGGAGAAGAAAGGGAAAAAAUAAACUUAAUAGCACACAGACUUCAGGAUGAUUAUUGAUGUAGCAUCUUAUAAUUGAUGUCAUUUAUACACUAGAUUCGAAUUUUAACAUCACUGGAAACUGUGUAUCUGCUAUGUAGACCUCGUACGUGUCCUCUGUAUGUAAAAAAAAAAAGACUUGGUGUUUUCUUCUGUCAUAAUUCAUUAUUCCUCGGCCGUGUUGACACAAGUUGUAGCAGUCAAGGUGACGAAGUGUAUUUCCAAGUGUUUAUAUACGCUAUUACUCACUACUUGUAAAGAUGGGAAAAAGAUCAUUUAAACAGGCAGGGAGGUUCGUUUCCCCUUGUUAUAAAUGUGUGUUUUUUAUAUAAGAAAUCGCUGUGAGUAGGUAGAUGACUGAGGAUGGGAAUUCCUCGACACAAUAGCUCUUUUUAUGAAGCAUUCUCGAUCAUCGACAUUUAGGUAAAACGAGGAGAAAAAUACGUAAAAUUGUAACACUGGUAACUCACCCUUCUGUUGUGUCCUAUGUUUAUAUCCUUCAUGGCAUGUCCAAGGGCUCAACUUCUGAAAACAUGGCCUAUUAUAUGGUACAAUUCAAAGGGUGUUAUUAAAGACAUACAUGUGUGGUCACCGAUACCGAUGUGUUAUCAAGUAAUUCAGUUUUAUCAUGAUUAUCCAACGAUACCUAAUUCCAACAUUAUUUUCUCUUGUCAGAUUAUUUACUCGAUUCCUUUUAAACCCAAACCAGUAUUUUAUCACAAUCACUUAUCUCAAACGAUAAGUAACUGCGACUGUGUAAAAAGCGUCUCUGUGUAAUUUUGCUUUACAGGCGACCACACACAGUACGUCUAAUUAGCACUGGUUACUCCCUUAACCCUGCAGACAAGCUACCUAUAGUACAUUCCUUUAACCAGAUGUUCCUCAUCUACAUGUGUACUACGAUGUAAAGCACAAAACAAAUUAUAUAUAUAUAUAUGAAAAUAAAAAAAUCUCGCUCAAUACUAGCACAUAUGAUUUUCUCGUAGAUGUUGUGAGAUGGCAGAGCUACAAAAGGGAGUACUCAGAAGCAAGCCAUAGUAACCAUAUGCUGUAUAUUAAUUUUCUCUGUAUUGAUUUGCUCUUCAUUGUCAUUAUGGGUGUUUGCUGUAUGUUCAUCUUGACUUACUUCUGGCUGCUGGAACGACCUUCUAGCUGGAACAUAAGAAUGUAUAAUAAACGAAUUUAUGUAAC